CUCAGUUUCAAGUCGAUCCUGCAAGAGUGCAAGAACCAUGGCUAGUACAUCAAUCACUACUUUGUACACUGGUUUCUUCUUCGUUUUACUGGUGAUAUUCGUUACAGAAAUGGCAUUUGGCCACCAAAAGCUCGAACCUGAGUCAAUCCCGCUAAACAAAGGGAAAUUACAGAUCAAGGGGGACGGGAAGGAGAGGUUGAAGGCAAAUGAACAAGUCAAUGCAGUCGACAACAACGUAAAAGAGGAUAGAAAAGGGAAGAUGAAGGUAAACCCAGCAAAUGUUGGAUUACGUGGGAGGACAACCGGGUCUAAUAACAUAGGUCAUGGGCUUGUAAAGCAGCGUAAUUCACUCCGGGGAAGUGGAAGCUUGAAGCGUACGACCGGGAGAAUAAGGGGAAAGCAGGAGGUGAAUGUGGGCAAUGGUCUAGCAACAGCAAAAGUGAAUUUGCGGCCAAGAUGGAAUUUAAAGAAGGGAAACUUAAAGGUAACAGGGGGAGGCUUGGUGGGGGUUGGAAGAGGGCGUGCAGGAAAGAAAGUGGGCGCCAAAAAAGGGCUGAACUUGCAAAGGAAGAAAACACAUACUACAUAG